AUGGUACAACAAAUAUUCACAAAGAGAAGGAUGCCCAAACAUAUACCUUAUGUAGAUGGUACAGCACUCAAAUCAUUCUUGAACUCGGCAUUGGACUUUAUACAUUCAUCACAUCAAUCAUUGGAUUCGAGUAGAGCUUGGAUAUGCUUUUGGGUAUUGCAUGGUCUUGAUCUGUUGGGCGACGUGGAUGAGCGCAUGGAUGUGUUGGCUCCAAGAAGUAUAUCAUUCUUGCAACGAUUGCAGAGUGCUCAAACUGGUGGAUUCGCUGGUGGCAUCGAUCAGGUGUCUCAUGUCGUCUCGACAUUCGCAGCGAUCAACGCGUUGAUGAUCAUCGGAACGACCGAAGCCUACGACUGCAUCGACCGCGCGGGCAUGUACCGCUUCCUCCUCUCGCUAAAGACGCCUCACGGCUCCUUCCGAACACAGGUCGACGGUGAGGACGACUCGCGCUCCACCUACUGCGCUGUGGUCAUCUCAUCGCUGCUCAAUAUACAGACACCUGAGCUGCUGGCGGGCGUGCCCGAGUACCUGGUGCGCUGUCAGACGUUCGAAGGUGGUUUUGGUGCCACACCCGGCAACGAAGCACAUGGUGGCUACACAUAUUGUGCCGUUGCCGCUCUAUCGUUGAUGGAUCACUUUGGUUCGAUUGACAGCGAGUCAUUGUUGCGAUGGGCUGUCAACAAGCAACCUGCCUACGAUGGUGGAUUCCAAGGACGAACCAACAAGCUGGUGGACACUUGCUACACCUUUUGGCAAGGUGGCGUGUUCCCAAUCAUCCAAUCACAUCUUGGACCCGUUGCACAAAACAUUGGCAACGAUGCCAUUGGCAAACACCUCUUUGAUCAACUACAACUCCAAGACUACUGUCUAAUCUGUUGUCAAGAUACAAGAGGUGGAUUCUCAGAUCAUCCAGAGAAGGGAAGGGAUUAUUAUCAUACAUGUUAUACAAUGUCUGGACUGUCAAUUGCACAACAUAAUGAUAUUCAUUUGGCAGUCAAUAUGAUAAAUCAUCAUACUCAAGAGAUGCCACAACUGAGUAGAACUGUUACACAACUCAAUGGUGGCACAGUACUAGAGGCCACACAUCCAAUAUUCAAUAUCCGACUACCAAAAUGCACCAAAGCAUUACAAUACUUCCGAUCCAGGCCAAACAUAAAUGUAUAA